GGCCGGCGGCUCCUGCAGCCGGGACCCCGGUGCUGGCUGACAGCUGGGCCUGGGGCCGCUCGGUGGUCCCUGCCCGGGGGGAGGGCGGAGCAGGCUGCCGACUGCAGCGGCGCUGUCCACGUUCUGCUCACCGAUCAGCAUGAGCCUGAGUAUCAGAUGUCCCUCCCGGGCGAAGGGGCCGAUUGCUUAUCAGAACUGCAGGUCGCCCGCGGCAUGGCCGCCGCGCUCGUGAGGACCCUGGCGGCCGCGGCCCUGCGCCCCCUGCUGCAGCCGCGCGGCCCGUGCGCCGGCCUGCUGGGCCCCCUGCGCGCCGCGCUGCCCGCGCCGCCGCCCGCGCUGGGCUUCAAGACCAAGGGCGUGCUGCGCCGGCGCUGCCGGGACUGCCGCCUGGUGAAGCGGCGCGGCCGCUGGUUCGUGUACUGCGAGAGCAACCCGCGCCACAAGCAGCGGCAGAUGUAGGCCGCCCGCGGUGCGCCGGUCAGCCGGCCCGGGAGACCCCUCUGCGCGCCCUAGGGUGGGUGCCGGGCUCCGGCCCCCGCGGGCGCGUUCGGUGGGAGAGGCCGUGGGCAGCCAGUGACCCCCCGGGCCUCGGGCUGACCUGGUGCUCCGCGGUGGGCCGGCCGGCGCUGUGCUUCCCGCCACGCCGGCCUCCCACGUGGGCGCCGCUCCUGGGACAGCCCGGGCCCCUGCACCUGUGUGGGAGACCGCGAAGAAGCUCCCGGCUCCUGGCCCUGCAGCCAGCUGGAGGUGACCCAGCGGAUGGAAGAUCUCUCUCUAACAGCGCCUUAAAAAAAAAAACCAGCGUGGAGGACGGGUGCGAGGGCACGCACCGCAGCUGGGGCCCAGCACCAGCACCAGCACAGCCUGGGACGCGGGUACAGGGCAGGGGCCCCACCGCGACGCGGCCUCUGCGAGUGCAGGCACCAGGACUGAGGGCCGUGCCGGGGCCACGGUGCCCUCCCCGUCAGGACAGCCAACCCGGGGCCCACUGCCCGCCGUGGACGGGGGUGGAUGUGCCGCCCUGGGGCUCUGGGGCAGGGACGUCCCCCGUGCGGUGCGGCCUGCGCGCCAUGCGGUCUGCCAGAAUCCCCAGUAAAGUUGUUUCCCUAAAGCAGCGUGGACGGCGUCGUUCUCUAAGCUGAAGCCCAGGUCACCGGGGCAGUGGAGGGCCUGGGGAGGGGAGCGUUUACCCCCGCUCACGACUGGGGAGGCUUUGGGAGGGGCCUGGCCGGGCGGCUGUGAGCCACGGGCCGCCCCGCGGGAAGUCUGCAGGGGCUCCAGUCCGGUGUCUGCUGGCUGCGAGGUUCCACGUCCUGUAGAGGCCUGGGCUGCCCACAGCAGGUGUGUGCUGGAGGGAGGCCGGGACUGGCCACUCCCGAGGACAGCCGGGCAAACUGGCCAGCCCGCGAGCUCCCCGCCGGCCUCGGUGAACCCCACACCCCAGGGGGCUCCAUCUUCUGCCUCCUGCGGCUGGUAGGCCCGGUGCUGAGGUGAAGUGGUCAGUGACGCCCAGCUGCGCUCAGAGACAGCCGCUGGGGCAGCGCCACGGGACCAGAGGUGGACGAGAGGCACCGACAGCCACACUCCCUGCAGCUGGGCCUGGCUCUGUCCAGUGCUCCACGUUAGGCCUCAGCCAGCCCCGCAGGGUCCCUCCACGAAGCCAGGGAGCUGGGGGCCGUGGUUGGGAAGUGGGACCCUGGGAGGCACGGGGACACAGGCCUUGUCCAUGGUGUCCUUGUGUGAGAGGACGAGGAAGGCGGCGGCCACUGAUCUCCAGGAAGCGCCCUCGGCGGACCCUGAGCCUGCCCGUGUGGCCUCUGCGCAGCGAGCCGGGGAGGCAGGGUCCCCGCCGGGCAGCUUGAGUCCCUGCUCGCUCCCAGGCUGCCGGCCUGGGAUCUCAGGUCACGGCCCAUGUGCCGCCCCCAAGUGCCAGUGUGCAGGUGGCCAGCGUUACGGCCCCAGAUUCCAGCACAGAAAACCAUGGGGUGGGGGGAGCCCAGCGCCAUCUCUGAAUGACAGACGUCCUGGAGGACAGCCCCGCCCCUUCGCUGGUCUUCAGGCUCCACGCCCACAGAGGCCGGCCCCGCUGCUGGGAUCCUCCUGGGGGUCCGUGAGGGCCCUUCCUGUCCUGGGACUGGACUCAGCCACGACCUGUCUCCUGCCGUCUUGGACACUGCACGUGUCAGCGAACACGGAGAGGUUGAGAUUACAAGUCCUAAGCACCACAGGCCAGGAGCAUACAACACUGAACGUUUAAUCUGACAGAAGGUACUUGUAGCUGCAAACACUGUUGCCAUGAUUCAGUAACUGAGUGGAGAGAUGCAGGAUGUGAGGUGACUGCAAGGCUUGGUGACACUGGUAGAUGCCGUGGUGUAGCAGGCAAAGUGGCCACGUGCAGCGUCGGCAUCCCACGUGGGCGCAGGUUCGAGUCCCAGCUGCUCUUUCGAUCCAGCUCUCUGCUAUGGUCUGGGAAAGCAGUGGAAGAUGGCCCAGGUCCUUGGGCCCUGCACUAAUGUGGGAGACCCGGAGGAAGCUCCUGGCUCCUGGCUCCUGAUUGGUGCUGUUCUGGCUUUUGUAGCCAGCGGAUGGAAGACCUCCCUCUCUCUCUCUCUCUCCCUCUCUCUCCCCCUUUCUCUCUCUCCCUCUGCUUCUCCUCUCUGUAAUUCUCACU